AUGAUUACUGCUGAUAAAUGCCUGAAUAAAGAUCGGUACGUUCAACUUUUAAUCCGAAUCUUUUGUGUGCGACAAAUGUCCAGAAAUGCAGAAGUAGACGUGCUGAAAAUGGAGCAAUUGAAAGCGUUAGCACAAGAACUACGAGAUCAUUUCAAAAGAAAACGACUCGUGGAGAGUUCUCGGGCUUUCGUACAGAUAUUGCACGACUUGACGGAGUUUAUAAGCUCUCUACAGACUGUUUAUACCAUGGUAAGAAUUGGUUUAAAACAAAAGCUUCGUUUGCCAUAAAUGUAUGGGCGAAAUUGAAGAACUUCAAUAAUUUUCAGUGCAGCUCCAGCGCUAGUAAGGAUUCUUGCAUCAGCCCAGGCGUUUUGGACAACGAUUUCGAACAAAUGAAGGCCAGUAAAGACUUGAUUGGCAAACGAAUUCAGGAGUUUAAACUUUCCAACUUCACCAACCCUGUAAAUCCAUUGGAAUGGGUAAUUGAACAUAUGACAUUGUAUGAACUUUAUAAGCUUCAGGACUUCCUCACAAACGUCAAUAGCAUCUUGCUAAACUGUAGCCUUUGCCGAUGGUCAGUUCUGGAUGCAGCCAUUAAGCAGAAAGACGUGAAAGAGAUUCGAAGAAUCGGGAGUUCGAUUUCAAGUCUAUUAAUGCAGUUGGAGAGUUGUAUUUCCUUGUUUAUUCGGGGAAUAAGAUCAUGAUAUUGUAGGGCUCUAUUGUCUAAUUCUAUCUGAAAGUAGACAAGUUUUUCGGUGUCGGCAGAAUCUGCUGAUGGAUUUUUCCAUGUUGUCAAUUGAAUUAGAAGUUUAUCUCUAACAUGUGUCUUAAUCAUUAUCAGUACUCAUAGUUGUCUACCUUAAAAUCACCCGAGUCGCCAAACAAUCUGUUUACAUUCACAUUUCCAACUGAUUUCAUCGUUGCUCACUCUUACUUUAGUUGUCUCUUUCGCAAUAUCAUAAACACAGUUGAAACAUGUUGUUCGCUUAUAUUUUUUCAGUGUUUCAAUCACUUCAUGCUAUCUUUUUUCCCGUCUGUUUGUUAGUUGUAUACCAUUUGAAAUUUCAGACGUUUUAUAGCAUCAAUGGGAAAUUUCUGUAGCUGUUGCAAGGCAGAAGAUCAGAGAAAUGUGAGUUGUUUUCUGUCGCAAAUGAUCGUUUGUUUCCACGUGAAAUUUGGAGCAACUUUUAAAGUCAUCUUUGAAAAAUGAGCAUGUUUCUAUUAAGAAUAUAUUUAGGAGCUUGGGAGCUACACAGUAUCAGAGAGGCCUACGUAUAGGCCGUAUGGCGCCUCAUCUCAAAUUCAAGCAAACCAACUGAAUAGUAACUUUCGUGUCCCGUUCCCAACAAACGGAUUACAAACAAUAUUAGAAAGGUAAGAACUUGCUGCACAGCAUUUAGUGAUAAAUGUUUGGAGAGAUUUGUGACACGUUUCAAUUUCAGCGAGCGAAGAGCCGAGGAAGAUCAUCAGAGAAAGCUGGAUGAACAGAAUAAACGACGAGAAAAUAGGAACAAUGCGUUUUUAAGAGAACUGAACCGAGGAGACUCAGAUAGAGAAAGGAAGAGACGACGAAAAGAGGAAGGUACACUAUUUGUUGUAGCAUGUGACUUGAUGAUGAUGAUGAUGAUGAUGAUUGUGAUCUAUUCAGAUGAGAACGCCGCGUUUGAAGAGGAGCGAUUUCAGCGGAGAAUGCAGAACGAGCACAAAAAUCGGGAAAUGUAUAGAGAUGCGGUAACGGGAAAUGGAUACAAUGCGAAUGAGUGGGAGGAACGGUUGGAAAGGUGAUACUGGGUAGGGAGAAGAUAAUAUUCCAGAAUUUUUUCUUUUCAGACAAAGAACAGAGUUUGACGCGCAGAGAAGAGAUUUGGAGAGCGGAAUGAGAGAGAAUCAAAUGAGACAUGAGAGGGAAAUGGCGGAAAAAGACAGGUACGAGUUUUUGGAAAUAUAUGAUUACAUUCAUUGGAUCUCAGAAUACCCCACUUCAUUACAGAAACGGUCGUCGAGAAGAGGAGGAACAUCAAGAAAGAAUGCGAAAAAUUGACGAGAAGCUGGCCAGAAAGCUGGAAGAACUUUUGCGAAAUGCUGAAGAGCGAAGAGCUGAAAUGAGCGCGCAAUUCGAGCAGAUUUCAAAGAUUUUGCAAAUGAGAGUGUGGAAUGAGAUCAUCGAGAGCAACUGGACGAAUCGGUUGAACACUUUGAGGUAUGUCGUGAACAUGAAAAUAUGUAGUACAAGAGCCACUUAUAUUUGUGUUCAGAAAUUCCAACAAAGAUUCGGAAAGGAUGGAGCGUUAUUGUCUCCGGUCGAAUUCUGAUGCUUCGCAGUACUCGGAGUGGCGUCAAGUCCUGGAAAUCCUUCUAAAUUUCAUGAACACCGAAUCCGAAAAUAUGUCAAUCAUGUACAGAAACACUGGAAAAAGUUUCCUGCUGGUCAUCCAGGUGAACAGUACGUUGACGUUCUUUAAAACAUUUCCACUUUCCAGAGCUCUGUUGAUAAGGUUUCUCGAAAGUGUGAAGAGUUACUUGAUGCGUUACAAACUGCCGAUGCUCGCAACUUGAAGGCGUUAUCGUCGGAUCUCAACGAAGCGUGUCGAGCAAUUCCAACACUUGCUAAGCUUAAAAGACAAUAUUAUUCAGAAAUGAACGAUUAG